AUGCCGACCUUAGAUGUGAGCGAGCUGAACAUCAUCAUCGCCGUGCUUGGUGCCUUCACCAUCCUUUACGGUCUUGGAUCAGUAAAGAUCAAGCAAAUAUGGUAUCUUGGCGAGGCUCUCCCAGCGUUGCUUGUUGGCAUCAUCCUUGGGCCAAUAGCCGCAAAGUUCAUUGACUCUGAACGAUGGGGUUCUUCUGUUCAGGGUCAGACAGAAGAGAUCACGUUGGGUAUCACCCGGGUCGUCAUUGGUAUCCAGCUUGUUAUGGCUGGCUACCAACUGCCAGCUAAAUACCCUUGGCACCGCUGGAAAGACAUGGCUCUCCUCCUCAUUCCAGUGAUGACCAUCAUGUGGCUUUGCACUACUGGGUGUAUCAAGCUAAUGAUACCCAAGUUGACCACUCUCACCGCCAUGGUCAUUGCUUCGCUGGUUACAUCGACGGACCCUGUGCUAUCGCAGGCCAUCGCCAAAGGCCCCUUCGCGGACAAAUACGUACCAAGAGCGUUACGAGAGAUCAUCUCAGCUGAGGCGGGGAGUAACGAUGGCUUUGGCUUCCCAUUUCUGCUACUCGCAACGUAUCUCAUCCGCCAUGCACCAGAAGAGGAUGUCAACUUCAAGCCCGGUGUUGUCCGCAUAGCAUCGAACGCAGCCCAUCGCAUGUUUGCCAGAGCAGCAGACGUAGGCCGCUUGGGUGGUGGCGCAGGUCAAGCAGUCGAGAUCUGGAUCGUAGAGGGUUGGCUAUACUUCAUCCUAUUGGGCGCGGUAGUUGGCGCUGUACUCGGCGUCGCAAGUAUGUACGCCGUGACAUUCACAUUGAAGAAGAAAUGGAUUGACACAGAAUCUCUACUCCUGUAUCCCACCGCGCUCGGCCUCUUCACCAUUGGUGUCACUGGCCUUGCUGGCCUGGACGACCUGCUAGCCUGUUUCUGCGCCGGCAGCGCCCUGAACUGGAACGGCACAUUCUUGCGCGAGGCUCUCUCGCGGCACGACGAGGUGAACAGUUCUAUCGAUGUGCUCCUCAACUUCGGCGGCUUCAUGUACAUUGGCGCCAUCCUCCCAUGGUCCGAAUUCAAUUCCGAGAUUACAGGAAUAACGUACGGGCGCCUGCUCGCGCUAGGCUUGUUGGUACUGCUACUACGUCGCAUCCCAGCUAUGAUGGUCAUGUACAGACUCAUGCCUAAUACCGUCAAGACCUGGCAGGAAGCACUAUUCAUGGGCUACUUCGGCCCCAUCGGCAUCGGCGCUGUCUUCUACGUCGAGCACGCACGCCACCUCUACCCCAAGCUCGACGCCGCCGAGACACACGAGGAAGAAGACCUCCUCCGCGCCAUGGGCCCCGUCGUCUACUUCCUCGUGCUCUUCAGCAUCGUAGUCCACGGCCUCAGCAUCCCCGCCCUCGAGAUAAUCUACCGCUGGCGCAAAAUCGAACCCAUCAUCGAACUUGACCCGAGCGUCGAGCGCCGCCGCAGCGUCAGCGAGGCCCUCCCGCCAAACUCCCACGUCGACCCGCGCUGUGGCAGCGUCGACGAGGACGAGAAGGAGGGCCCGCGCAUACAAUUUCUGGAUGAGCGGGAGUUGAGGUCGCCCAGGUCGGCGGCGGAUGUGAGGCUCGGCGCGGGAGACAAGGAUUGUGAUAUGAACUUAGCGCACAUUGCAUUUUGGAACACGCGAAAAUUCACCCAUCGUCUCCAUCGUUCAUGGUACUCACGCCUUCAUCCGCACUCUACCGCAGCACUUCCCCGAUGCCUCUCGCUCCCGUUCUCUCCUGUCGUAUCCUAUCCCUGAUACCUUUCUUCCUCCCCUCCCCUCGCCCAUGUACCAAUGCCCCAAUCCGGUCGAGUCUUUACCCCAACGAACUCAAGCACACACAGCCAUGUUGUCACGAAUUCGUGUGGUCUUGGUUUCAAAGUUUUUAAUUGUAUGUAGUGUAUCAAGAUAUUGGGAAUAUUACUGUGGUGCCUGGUUGAGCCUUGGAAAAUAGGGAUGUAGUAUGGUUCAGUCAGAAAUUGAGAACGGGCUAUUUGAAAAAGUAUUUGCAAUGAAAUGACGCUUCAACGGACAUGGAUAUUGGAGCUAUGUAAGUACUCGAUAUGUUCGAAUCAUUCAUUAAUAUGUGUCAUGCACACAAGAACUAGAAGUGGCAGUCUACGCGCGACGGAGGUAGAGGCACAAUUACAAUG